AUGUCCACCACAAUAGCGAACGCUGCCUUGUAUGUCGACGAGAAUUUACGGUUUGGGGUCCGUCGGAGAGAGCCCAUUCCAAGCACUGUUGACGGGGAGCUUCUGAUUGAGACCAUCUACUCCGGAGCCAACCCAGCGGACAUCAAACAUGCUACUCUUCUCGGAAUAGACCCAGCAGUACUCGGAUAUGAUUUCUGCGGAAGAGUCUUCAGCGCACCACAAGGCUCGAAAUUUAAACCUGGUGAGAUUGUCGCAGGAUAUACGCCCGCGGGAAUCGGACGACCGACCAGAUAUGGUACCCAUCAGCGGUACCUGGCAUGUCCGGAGGAGAUGUGCUUUCGAGUCCCAGCAAGCCUUCCUCCCUCUCAUGCUGCAUGUCUCCCUGUUGUAGCCAUGACAGCUGCGGAUGCACUCUACAAUAUAUUCGAAUUACCCGUCCCGAAUGAUUCUUCCUCGAACGCUGGGACCUCUUUUGGACCAAUCUUGAUCUGGGGCGCAUCGAGUAGUGUUGGUAUCUGUGCGGUCCAGUUCGCAAAAGCAAGCGGUAUUGCGCCUAUCAUUGUCACUGCGUCCCCGGGUCGGCAUUCUCUUCUAAAAGAGCUCGGUGCUACUCACACCUUGGACUACAAAUCACCCAACGUGGCCGGAGAAAUUCGGGAAAUUCUGGAAAAGACCCAGUGCAACGAGAUCCAAUAUGGCUUUGAUGCGGUGGGAAGUCCGCAGGGUAAAGGAUCGGCACAGCUUAUGGCGGAGUGUGUGUCAAAGGAGGCAACUUUGGUCUCUGUCGUGGUGCAGGAGGAUCCCCGUUUCAAGAUGCCCCUUGCAACUCCGAACCUGAGCGUCACUGUCAGGCCGGCAGGGGCACCUGGUUCGAUCACCAUACCUGCCCGCCCGGCUGACUAUGAGCGGGCAUGGGAGGCUUUCCAGUGGGCUAUUAAGAACUAUGGGAUCUGCUUUCGACUGCCGGCUGUUGAGGUCUUCCAAGGGACAGCUGAAGAAGCGCUUGAAGAAGUGAAAGCGUUGGCUGAUGGGGGCAGAGGAUUUGGCAAGCUGGUUCUGGAGCAUCCCUUACUCUAG